AUGCUGCUCAGCAGUCCAAGGAGCCCAGCAUGGGCAAAGUUCCAGUUUUGGAUCAUCAAUUCCGAAGUAGUGAAAACAAAAGACAUGAAGAUCCAAAGAUACUUCAUGUUCCUGCUAAAUGAACACUGGGGAUUCAGUCAGUUCAUCCUCCAAGAUUUCCUCUUGUCCGAGGAGCCUUGGAUACUCCAAGACGAUGAGCUCAUCCUCCGAUGCAAGGUGACUGUGGUGCAAGAUGCCUUCGGCAUCUCAGAGCAGAGAACGAUGCCAGGGAUCCAGGUUCCAAGGUACACUAUGGCAGAUGAGCUAGGAGAGCUGUGGGAGAAUUCCCUCUUCACAGACUGCUGCCUGGUGGUAGCUGGCAAGGAAUUCUGGGCUCACAAGGCCAUCUUUGCAGCUCGCUCUCCAGUUUUCAGAGCCAUGUUUGAACAUGACACGGUGGAGAGGAGAAAAAAGCAGGUUGAGAUCCACGAUCUGGAGCUGCGACGCUUUAAGGCAAUGAUGGGCUUAAUUUACACCAAGAAGGCACCAGACCUCCACUACAUGGCAGACGCUGUGCUUGCAGCUGCCGACAAGUAUGGCCUGGAGAGUUUGAAGGUCAUGUGUCAGGAAGUCCUCUGCAAGGACCACUCCGUGGAGAAUACUGCCCACAUUCUCAUCCUGGCUGACCUCCACAGUGAAUGGCAGCUGAAAACAGAGGCCAUGAAUUUCAUUACAGCUCAUUUUUCUGAGGUCUCUGAGACCUCAAGCUGGAAGACAAUGUUGGUUGCUGAAUCAUACAGCACCCUGUUUUCUGCUCACUGCUCUUUACUCAAGCCACCUCCCAAAUGCCUCAAGCAAUCUUGGGAUACUCUUAGCUGUGACCUAUAUGUGUAUUCCAGGAGCAGCAGCCAACAUUGUUACCAAGGACAUCUGGGUAGACUGUGGGACACUGCAGUGUUUUUCAAAGAAUCUUUGGAAAGACAGAAUGGGGGCUCAGGCCUUUAA